CUUCAUAUUAGCUGAAUCAUAAAUACCUUGCAUGAUGUCGCUGGAAAAUAUUACGACCAUCUCCCCCGCCACCAAUGAGGCUGUUGUCACCCGCACCGGUGUCUCAUCAGAGGACUUGAAACAGAUCCCCGUGGCCGCUCAAGCAGCUUUCCGGUCAUUCUCACAGUCCACAACUUUGGAACAAAGGCAGAAAAUUGUGGAACGUGCUCUUGACGUCUUGGAGAAAAAGCAGGAUGAAUUGGCGCGUGAGGUUACUGAGCAGAUGGGCCGGCCCAUCGCCUAUACCGGUGUCGAAGUUGCGACCGCCAUCAAGCGCAGUCGUUACUUGACCCGUAUUAGCACCUCCGUGCUAGGCGAGCAGGGAAUUGUGGCCGGAGAGGAGGAGAAGGGUUUCAAACGGUAUAUCAAGCGUUCGCCUGUCGGUGUGGUGCUGAUUAUCUUCCCGUGGAACUACCCCUACCUCACCCUUGUCAACAGCUUGAUUCCCGCCAUCCUCGCUGGAAACGCUGUUAUUCUCAAGCCCUCCCCCCAGACUCCAACAAUUGUCGAGCAGUUUGCCUCUGCUUUUGCCGCGGCCGGUCUUCCCGAAAAUGUGCUUCAAUUCUUCCACUGCGGAUCUUUCACAUUUAUUGAGACCUUAGUGCGAUCUCCACUGGUGAAUCAUAUCUGUUUCACGGGUUCCGAAGCUGGUGGCCUGGCAGUGCAAAAGGCAGCCUCCGAUCGGAUUGUGAAUGUUGGUCUGGAACUUGGUGGCAAGGACCCCGCCUACGUGCGGGAUGAUGUAGAUCUCGCCUGGGCCGCUGAGGAAGUCGUGGAUGGCGCUAUCUUUAACAGUGGACAGAGCUGCUGCGCGAUCGAGCGUGUCUAUGUCCACGAGAAGGUCUACGAUGGCUUCAUUGCUGAGGUGAAGAAGGUCCUGGGCAAGUACCGUGUUGGCGAGCCUUCCGAUCCCAAGACCCAAAUUGGACCUGUUGUCUCUAAGCGUGCGAAGGAGGCCAUUCUCGCGCACAUCGAGGAUGCCCUGCAGAAGGGCGCGAAGAACGAGACUCCUGCCAAUGAGACCUUUGAAAACUUCCCUCCGAAUGGAAAUUAUGUUAAGCCUACACUGCUGACCGGCGUUAAUCAUGAUAUGGCCGUGAUGAAGGAUGAAACCUUUGGGCCCGUGAUUCCUGUAAUGAAGGUAUCGGGUGAUGACGAGGCCGUUCGUCUGAUGAACGAUAGCGACUUCGGUCUUACCGCCAGUGUUUGGAGCAAGGACGUUGCGGCGGCAGAGAAGCUGGUUGAGCGUGUUGAGGCUGGCACUGUCUUCGUCAACCGAUCUGACUACCCUAGCCCCGACCUUGCCUGGACAGGCUGGAAGAACUCUGGCCGCGGUGUUACUCUAAGCCGAUUCGGUUUUGAGCAGUUUGUCAAACUGAAGAGCCACCACAUCAAGGAUUACCCCAAAUAAUCAUGUGCAUGUGAGAUAAGUUACAAUUUGUCGGUCAGGAGAAUAAAAUUUAUUACAUAGAUCACUACUCCGGAAUCAUGAGUACAGUAUCCAUGGAUGUCGACAAAUCCACAAUCUUCUUUUCUCUUACUAUACAGAUAUGCGCCCCAAGUGAGGAUAGGAAGAUGC